CUCCGACGCUAUGAUGAAAGGCUAAAACUGUCAAGUAUGGUACUUUCUGAUUCUAAGUUCCCGACGAACAUAAUACAAAGGAAUCAUUGCUGUAUUGAACAACUGCCGACCCUGCACAUCCUCUCCUUUUGAAAUACAUACCGUUGGACCACAGGUGGGGCUUCAGACCAGUCCCCGCCAGCCUCCUCAUUAUCGUAGUACCUUUGCUGGCAGUCCAGUCCCUUCACUUUCUGAGAACCUUGACGGACGCCCUAGCUCCGUCCGUGCAGUCCAUAUCCUUGCUUUCGCAUGCUAAUGCUCUGAUAGAAUUCUUUGAUAAACGGCCCACUCACCUCAUUUGUGUUAAAAACAAAAUCCAAGUUUAUUCUCACUACAUUAUCACAACCAUCCCUCGUAUAGACUUUCACCUCAUUACAGUAUAAAUCAUGGCAGAUCAGGACUUUACUACGCUGCCCCAUCCCGUGGCAAGCGAAGCUCAUAUAAAACAAUUUCAAAUUACAGUUCCGUCAAGCGAUAUCGAAAAACUCCAUCUGCUCCUCGACAAUUCCCCCAUCCCCGAUGGGAACUGGGAGAACUCGCAGGGAGACGAUCGUUUCGGCACGACCAGAGAUUGGGUAAUCCACGCAGUGAAAGAGUGGCGUCACAAUUAUAACUGGAAACAAUGGGAGCACAGGUUCAAUUCGUAUCCACAAUAUACAGCAGAUGUCACAGACGAUGACGGCCAAGUAUACACAAUACGUUUCAACGCGCUCUUUUCCAAAAAUAAAAAUGCUCUGCCUAUUCUCUUCCUUCACGGCUGGCCUGGGUCCGCUGUCCAAUUCUUACCAAUGCUGGAUAUCGUCAAUCAGAGGUACCCAUCUUCAGACUCUUUGCCAUAUCACAUCCUUGUCCCCGAUCUGAUUGGCUUUGGCUUCUCUUCUGGGCCACCCCUGGAUAAGGAUUUCAGCUAUGUAGAUAAUGCCCGAAUCCUGGUGAAACUGAUGCAUAUCAUGGGCUUUACAUCGGCGCAUGGCGGGUACGUAGUGCAAGGCGGCGACCUUGGCGGCAUCAUUGCCCCCAAAGUAGCUGCGCUCGACCCUGAGUCUUGCCGGCUUGUACACGUCAACAUUUUAUUCAUCCCACCGCCCGAGGGAACGAAUGUCAAAGAGGAUAUCCGAUUGGGGAGAUAUACAGACGCUGAGAUUGACGCUUUGAGCCGUGGCGAGGAGUUUGUAGCCACGGGCUUCGCGUAUGCGGCAAUUCAAGGUACACGACCUGGAACACUUGGCUUGGCAUUUGGUAGUAGCCCAAUCGCUCUUCUUUCUUGGAUUGGAGAAAAGUUUCUUCAAUGGUCGGAUCCCGAGACCAAACCCUCUCUAGAGCUUAUUCUUACCAACGUCUCCCUCUACUGGUUCUCAAAGUGCUAUCCCACGUCGAUUUGGCAGUAUCGACUUAUGGUUUCCGGGGCAUCAGGGCUCGGAUCGCCAUUUGAUGGUGUUCAAUGUCCUUUCGCGUACUCAUGGUUCAGGCGAGAAAUAUGCAACCCACCAAAGUACUGGUUGGAUAGAAUUGGAAAAGUCAAGUGGUACCGGCAUCAUGAACGAGGAGGCCAUUUUGCAUCAUUGGAGCAACCAGAAGCCCUGUGGGAUGACGUGGUUGAUUCCAUCGCGGAUUCUGGGCUUCAGCCUCGCAUCUAAUACCAAGACUAUGAUUAUGCUUAUGGGAAGAAUAGUAGAUGACGCCCUCCAGAGUUGUAGCGAAAUUAAAAUACAGUAUUAGAUUUCUACUGGUCUCGGUUCUCAAGGAUGAAUACCAACUGCGUGCUUUCAUUCCAACACCUAUUAAUGAUCACCACUACCUGUAUCCCGCAGCUAUCGCACAC